AUGAAUAAUAAUUCGACAAGCUAUCGUGGUAAGAAGAUGGUAGCUAUAGUCAAAAUGAGGUUGCAAAGAGAUAUUACCAAUACUGAUCAAUCAGAAUGGAGUGUGGUUAGUCCAUGCGCAUCCAAUGAGCGAUCUGAAAUAAAUAACGUUACCUACAGUAUUCGUAGAUUUAAUUCUGAAGAGGAACCAGUAAUAAAUGAAACAACGCAAGAUAUGGAUAUACCAGUGGCAAAUGAGAUUGUGGAGUCAGAAUUAUCUGGUCUAAUUGAUAAUGAAACAGAUGCUGCACAGCCUAUAGAAUACGAAAAAAAUGUGACAAAUGAAAGAAACCCAGAGCCAGAAUCAUCAAGUAACUCAUCGAUUGAAGAGCCCUAUUCAUCAGAUGAUUCAGUUGAUGACCCUGAUUAUAGUAGCAGUUCAUCUUCAAGCUCAAGCUCUUCCGACAGUGAAUCAGAUGUUGAAAAUGCAAUUCCUAACGAAACAACUGUAAAUGGUACUCUGGGGCAAGAUAAUAGAGGAAAACAUCUAAACCACAAAGCCGUUUCUGAAGACAUAAAAGAUGAGAUUCGCUCUCAUAUUUCAUCAAUUCCAUCAAUCGAGAGCCACUAUACACGUGCACAUACUGAAAAGACUUACAUUGAAGGAAGUAAAACAAUUGCCCAGCUAUAUCGAGAUUACAAGUCAGAUUGUGUAGCCCAAGGAAAACCCUAUGGAAACUUAACCAUGUACAGAAAGAUUUUCAAUUAUGAAUUCAACAUAGCCUUUUUUGUUCCAAAGAAGGACCAAUGCCAAACAUGCGUUUCUUUCCAAAACUCAAACGAAGAUGAGAAAAAAGACUUAGAAGAAGAAUAUAAGAGUCAUGUCGAAGAAAAAAAUUUAAGUAGGGAGGGAAAAAAUAUGGACAAAAGCAAAAUUUCUAAAUUAUUUCAAGUAGCAUGUUUUGAUUUAGAGGCAACACUUCCAACACCAAACGGCCAAGUAUCUUCGUUUUACUAUAGGUCUAAGUUAUCGACGUAUAAUUUCACAAUUUGUGACAUAAAACAAAAAGGACAGGGUCCUGUCUACUGCUACAUGUGGCAUGAAGGUGGAGGAAAGAGAGGAGCCAUUGAGAUUGGUACCUGUUUAUUGAACUAUCUUAAAGAAAAAUCUGAUACUUCCGACAGUGAUGAUCUUGAAAUAACGUUAUAUUCUGAUAACUGCGCAGCUACGGUUCAUGAAACAUGUGGUCAACUCGCUGAUGCCGGGGCGGGAUCGCCUGCACAAUUCAAAUGUCUGAAAUGCACUUCGAGCACGAAUGCGCCAAAACCAUUAACUACGGAGCAUUUCCAAGCAAUAAUGGCCGAAUUUUCCUCUCUAAAAAUAACCGUAAAUGCCUGCGAAGGCAAAAUUACUGCUUGCGACGCUAAAAUCGAAACGUUAAACCAGCAUAUUGCAUCCCAGGCUGUAUCCAUUGCCAAUUGUGAGACCGAAAUUACCAAUUUGAAAACUGAGACUUGUUCUCUUCGCAAGGAAUUCGAUAACUUACAAUCAAAGGCGCAAAACUUUGAAGACUUCUUUGAAGAAUCUCGAGAUCGUACGCGUCGAGAAUGCAAUGUCAUAGUCUCAGGCCUUAGACAAGUGGUAGAUGAUAAAGCCGAAGUCCAAAAGAUUCUAACCGAAAUUGGCCUACAGAAUAUAUCUCCAAAACUGACGUUCCGUUUUGGUAAAGCAAACACUGGUCCCAAACCACUUAAGGUCAUAUUUUCAUCGAGUUCUGAUGCCAUGGAAGUUUUGAAAGCCAAGUCUCGCCUAACGUCUCCUCAAUACAAGUCUGUCACCAUGAAAUCGGACUUGACCCCACGUCAGGUUCAACAUCUGAGUACGCUUCGAAAGGAACUGCAAAAACGUACAGAUGAAGGUGAGGAUAACCUGACAAUCAAAUAUAUACGAGGAGUACCUCGUAUUGUGUCAUUACGCAGCGAUGGAAAGAGAGAACGUGAAGAGAGCGCAUCCCCUGAAAUCCACAAAAAACAUACAGGACCAAACGGCUCUAACGCAUUGUAG